AUGUCCAAAAACUAUAAGCUUGACCCGAUCGAAACUCCUGGUUAUUGCCAUGUGGGUGGCUUGACGGCAGAGAGCGCCGACGUGGCCAGCCGCAUCUUGACGGCUAAUCGCACGGCCUACCAUGUCUUCACGACGCAUUUCGACCUGAUGGGGGCCUACCUACACAACCACAUUGCCCACCACAUCGUGACCCUGUGGGCUCUGGGUGCUUCUCCGGACACGAUGAUUUUCCACAAGAAGAACAACGAAAACUACCAGAUUCUGCCGCGCAAGUUCGUCGACGAGCCCAUCGUCGCGGAGAUGGCCACGGAUGAGGGCAUUCGCAAGUACCGCGGGUCUCUUGACCACUUCUUGGACUUCACCACCUUCUUUGAACGAGAAAUCGAUCGUCUGGGGUAUCAAGCCGUCUUACAGAAGUAUAUGGUUGGUGGGAGCGAGAUUGCCGAUGAUAUUUUAGGCCGGAUGUAUCAUGGUUAUGUUCACUCCUUCAUGUACAUGGGCCAAGGACUUGAGUUCAAGCAGGAACCCCUUCUGGCAGAAGGCCUGGCGCAAGCUCUCUCGCAUGAUGAUAUGUACUACAAUGACUUUCUUUUCCACACGGAAAACAAAGCUCGCCUCGGGCAGGAUUCGGCUCUUUCGCUGGCCGAGUGCAUGGACGAAUGCAGGAAGGACCCGGUAAUCUCCACUUGCUCCGAUGUAGACGUGCACUUCCAGGUCGUGAGCGGCGGGUGGAAGGUAGAGAAGGAGAUGAUUCGAGACUAUGUGUGCGGCCCAGGUUUCGACGCAAUGAGCCGGGUCUGCGCUCGCUAUCGUGUCGACCCCAACGACCUGGAUAGAGCAACCGCGGAGCUGAUAAACACGUCUGUUUAUAUGUCCGCGUCUGCCCAGAAGCCGCCAUUCCAAUGCCGCUAUGACUUCUUUCUCAUUCACAGCACCAAUUCUACCAUCUGGCAAACGGCGUUCACCAACGAGCCUUCACUAACUAACCUGCAAAAGGCCCGACUGAUUGAAUACUCUGGCCGCGUGAUGCUGAUGCUCUAUGCCGGAAUGGGCUGCCCUGAGCCACGUCUCGACUGGCUCCUCUCGCAACCCCCGAAGGAGCCGGGCUCCGACUGGGCUCGUGUGAUCGAACGCGUCUGCCAGCACAAGGACGACGGACAUAUGGCGAAGUUGGUUCGCGUCAUUCGGCAUGCCGAGGAGGUCUCGCGCCCGUAUGAUAGCCGCCCAGAGUUCCGCUUGAAGCAACACAUGUUCCUUCCAGCCGCGCAAGCCGCUGUUGACUCGGGAACCGACCGUCCCAUGGAAGGUGUCUUCCAUUUUGACUUUGUUCGUGGAGCGGCGUGGCCUGAGGCCUGGGAAAAGUCCGAUUUCCCGAAACGCGACGACCAGGAGGUUGCUGCGUGA